UGAUUAUAUUACAAAUAGUGUUAGCAUUCUGUUAAUUAAUACACAUUAGUAUUAUUUUAUACAGGUUAUGUGUACGAUUGUUAUAUAAUUUGUCAACUGCCUAUAGCUUUCAUAAGGCUGCCAACUUUUCAAAUAUAUUUCAGGUAUAUUAUGCUGCGACAAUCUUUAACAAAGGUAUUAAAUGGGGCUCAACUCAGCCCCAAACAUAUCGCUCUUAUUACAAGAUCUGCCAGCGAUCAGGCUGCUAAAAAGCCUGAAAAAAUUGAAGUAUUUAUUGAUGAUAUUCCAGUUCAAGUAGAGCCAGGAACAACAGUACUACAGGCUGCAGCAUUAGUCGGAGUAGAAAUUCCACGUUUUUGUUAUCAUGAAAGAUUGGCAGUCGCUGGUAAUUGCAGAAUGUGUUUGGUUGAAGUUGAAAAGAGUCCAAAACCAGUAGCUGCAUGCGCUAUGCCUGUAAUGAAAGGUUGGCGCAUAAAGACAGACUCAGAAUUAACCAAAAAAGCUAGAGAGGGAAUAAUGGAAUUUUUAUUAGUAAACCAUCCAUUAGAUUGUCCUAUUUGUGAUCAAGGUGGGGAAUGUGAUUUGCAAGAUCAGAGUAUGGCUUUUGGAUCUGAUAGAUCUAGGUUUACUGACAUUGAUCACUCUGGAAAAAGGGCUGUAGAAGAUAAAGAUAUAGGUCCUCUCAUAAAAACAAUUAUGACAAGAUGUAUUCAUUGCACCAGAUGCAUCAGAUUUGCUUCAGAAGUAGCUGGUGUAGAUGAUUUAGGAACAACCGGAAGAGGAAAUGAUAUGCAAGUUGGAACUUACGUGGAAAAAAUGUUUCUUUCUGAACUCUCUGGAAAUAUAAUAGAUUUAUGUCCAGUAGGAGCACUCACAAGCAAACCAUAUAGUUUUACAGCUAGACCAUGGGAAAUAAGAAAAAUCGAUUCUAUCGACGUGCUAGAUGCUGUAGGUUCAAACAUUGUUGUUUCUACUCGAACUGGAGAAGUUAUGAGAAUUAUGCCAAGAGUUAAUGAGGAAAUCAACGAAGAAUGGUUACCGGACAAAUCUAGAUUUUCCUACGAUGGAUUAAAAAGGCAACGACUUGUGACACCAAUGUUGAGAGAUAGCAAGGGAGAAUUAAAACCUGUUGAUUGGGAAGUAGCUUUACUUACAGUUGCUAAGCAAAUUAAAAAUGCAGGUUCUAGUAUUGGAGCAAUAGCUGGAGGUUUGGCAGACGCAGAAGUACUUGUGGCAGUGAAAGAUUUGCUUAAUAGAGUGGGUUCAGAAGCUUUAUGUACUGAACAUACUUUUCCCUUAGAUGGUUCAGGAACUGAUCUUCGAUCAAGCUAUUUAUUAAAUAAUAAGAUAGCCGGUGCUGAAGAAGCAGAUUUUGUUCUUUUGAUUGGUACAAAUCCAAGACUUGAAGCACCUUUGUUGAACUCUAGGCUUAGAAAAGGAUAUGUUCAUAAUGAGCUUGAUGUAGCAUUAAUUGGUCCAAAAGUUGAUCUGCGAUAUAAAUAUGCCCAUCUAGGUGAUUCUCCCAGUAUUUUGCAACAAUUAGUGAGUGGGCAGCAUGAAGUCAGUAAGAAAUUAAAAUCUGCAAAGAAACCACUAAUUAUUGUAGGAUCAGAAGUGUUAGAAAGAGUAGACGGGGGUGCUAUUUUAUCUGCUGUUCAGAAACUUUCAGCUAGUACAAGCCCUGAAGUAGAAAAUUGGAAAGUAUUAAAUGUUUUACACAAAGUUGCAAGUCAGGUUGCUGCAUUGGAUAUUGGAUACACCCCAGGAGUUGAUAAAAUUAGGGAACUCAACCCUAAGGUAUUACUUCUGCUGGGCGCAGAUGAAGCAUCAAUUGAAAAAUCAGAUUUACCUAAUGAUGGCUUCAUUAUUUAUUUGGGACAUCACGGUGACCACGGAGCAGCUGUGGCAGAUGCCAUCUUACCAGGGGCGGCCUACACAGAAAAACAAGCUACAUAUGUAAAUACUGAAGGCAGAGCACAACAAACCCUCGUCGCCGUGUCGCCUCCUGGCAGGGCCAGAGAAGACUGGAAAAUAAUCAGAGCCCUUUCUGAAAUCGUUGGAGCAACGCUGCCUUACGACAACUUGAACGAAAUUAGAGACAGACUUGAUGAAGUUGCGCCUCAUUUAACUCGAUACGGAGCAGCCGAAAAUGCGAAUUUCUUCAAACAAGCCGAAGCUUUAUCCAAGAGUAUUAAAACGCAGAUCGACAACACACCCUUUGACGUUAAAUUGAAAGAAUUACAGGACUAUUAUAUGACAGAUUCUAUAAGUCGGGCUUCACCAACAAUGGCAAAGUGUGUCCAAGCUGUGCUGAAACAGAAGCAAUCUAAAUAUUAACUGAUUAUUAGUGAAAUUUUAAAAUAUUGGAAGAAGUUUAAAUAGGCAUACAAAAUCAUCUUUUUAUUUAUAAGUUAAGACUGUACAUUGUUAAAAACUUAAUAAUAUAUCUUCUAUUGUACACGG